AUGUUACCAAGAAAACCGCUGUACUCAGUUCUUACACAGAAGAUCCCGAUAGACCAAGAUUUCAAUAUAAACGGCGAACGUGAGCUUGAACGAAAAGAUGAAAUCACAAAAGCAGAAAAUAGACAAGAUCUUCAGUCCAAUGGCAAAGAACACGAAUCAGCAUUGCUUAGGAAAAUCACUGAAUCACGGAUCGACGGAAAGACAGAUGAGAAACAUGCAGGAACUCUGACGCGAACUCCCAGGAGAAAUUUGAUUAUUUUAAGUCCUCCCAGAUCAGGAUCAUCUUUUCUCGGAAAAUUAUUCGACAGUAAUUCAAAGAUCAUGUAUUGGUUUGAGCCAUUACGCGUUGUGCAGAAGAACUUAUUUCACGACAAUCUGUCGAGUGACAAACAAAUACUUAGUUAUAAGAAUGAUUGUAUCAAUGUAAUCGAAAGCACUUUUAAAUGUGAUUUCACAGUCCUUAACAAUAAUACAAUAGCCGAGUAUUCCAAGGAUGACUCACGUUGGGCCAGUUCAGCACUUGCAAGUCGAUUCUUGUGUCCCCCAGCAUUAGCACAUCUUAACCGUUCGUCGAGUUGUCUGCCCCUCUCACAUGCGAUGCUUAAAAAUAUUUGUAACGCUCAUAAUCAUACCGUUGUAAAAAUUUUGAUUGGUCGUGUACCGAACGAUAGCAUAGCAAAUUUACAGAAGCUUCUUGUACGGCGGGAAAGCCAUGACGUGAGGUUGCUUCACUUGGUUCGUGAUCCUAGGGCUAUAAUUUACUCCGUGGUUCAGUCAGUUAAAUGGUUAAAUGAGACAUAUUUAAGUAAAGAUUUCUCAUUGUAUGUUGGUAGAAUGUGUAAUAGAACAGUCAACAACUUACGAUUUGGUUUGUCUACUCCCCCUUCCUGGCUUAGAGGUCGUUUUAAAGUCAUUCGUUACGAAGACCUUAUAAACAAUGCCAUCAUAAUAUCACAGGAGCUGUACAAAUUUGCGCGAUUUGAGUGGUCGGCAAGCGUUGAAGAGUGGAUAAAUGAUCACAAUAGACCACCGAGGGAUGCUGAACAACAAGGCCCUUACUCGCUCUACAGAAAUGUCUCAGAAGUUAUAGAUAACUGGAAAAACGCUCCUAUGAAUUUAAUCAAAGUUGUCGAAGAUAAUUGUGGUGAUCUUAUGCAUAUGCUCGGUUACGAAAAACUGGCUUAUAUGAAAUAA